GGCAAGUGCCAAGGAAGUGGAAGGAGAGCGUGACGGUGCUAAUUCCCAAGGGGGGGGAGGACCCAAAAAGCGUGAAGAAUUGGCGACCAAUUAAUCUACAGGACUGCAUAUACAAACUCUACGCAGCACUGUGGGCUCAGAAGAUUGCCGCGUGGGCAAUCAAGAGCGGCGUCGCUUCCAAGUCGCAGAAGGGAUUCAUGCCAGUGAACGGGUGCCAUGAAAACCUAUUUCUCGCCCAAAGCAUUCUCAACUCUACGCGCAGGAGCAAGAAACCGCUGUACAUGACCUACUACGACUUGCAGAACGCCUUUGGAUCCAUCUCCCACCAGCUCAUACACGUUGUCUUACAGGCUCAACGGCUACCGAAGCAUGCCCGGGAGGUCAUCAUGGACCUCUACCACGGAGCAAGCUUCUGCAUCUUAACGAAGGAGGGCUGCACUGGUCGCAUAGCCAACCAGCGGGGAGUCAAACAAGGCUGCCCGCUCAGCCCCAUCCUCUUCAACCUUGCCAUUGAGCCUCUGCUGCAGCGGCUAGCGGCGUGCAAUGAAGGCCUUGAACUGCGUACAACAGAUGGGAAGCCACAGGUGAAAGUCUCCCAUAUGGCGUAUGCAGAUGACCUGAAGACGGUGGCCGCUACACGCGUCGGUAUCAGCAAACUCCACCAGGUGGUGGAAGAUUUUCUUCAAUGGACGGGACUUAAGGCCAACCCGUCUAAAUGCGCAACGCUGGGAUUGAAGGUGCAAAAGGCCAAGCAGGUACCAGACCCCGUCAAACUCACCCUACACAACGAGGUCUUACCAGUGGUGAAGCUGGGAGAAGCCUAUAAAUACCUGGGCAUCAAAGAUGCGGUGGAAUCACCAGUGCAGCAGAGCCAAAUCCUUCGAGUCAUGAGCAGAACAAAGAAGGAUUUGAACAAGCUCCUCAGGUCAGAACUUGACCCGUGGCAGAAACUCGAUGCGCUGCGCACUUUCGUGAUGUCCCGAUUGGACUAUUAUCUCAGGCAUUGCUACCCAUAUAAACAACAACUGGUCGCAUUCGAUGUCUACGUCCGUGCCGCCCUGAAGGCAGCCUUCAAGCUCCCAAAAAGCACGAGCAAAGAGGUAUUUCACCAGCCGAUUCCCAAUGGCGGCUUGGGUUGUACCUCUAUACAGACGAUGGCCGCUGCAACGCAGAUUGGACAUGCUAUCCAAAUGCUCAACAGCCCUGAUGACAUGAUCCGAGCGGUUGCAGAAGGACAGGUGCUGGAGGUUAUUAAGCGGGCAUUUGUCUACACACCAGAUGACGAGACUAGCGACCGAGAGGCUAUUCUUGCCUUCCUCAACGGCAAAGAUAUCGGCUGUCUACGACGGAGAAGCAAGAAAGCGGAUAUAAGAAGCCUCUGGUCAGAACUCCCAGGUAAUAUCGCGAUGAGCAAGACGCGACUCGCAACUGGGGUUAAUGGCCGCUAUGUGCUUCAGAAAGCAGAUGGCGCCGCUCUCGACCAGAAGCAGCUCAUUAGGAGUAUUAAACAGCAUAUGGCGGAAUGGCAGCGGGAGGGCGAGAUCUGCGCAGCUCCCCACACGGCAAUACCUCAAACGAAUUGGGGUAACAAAGCUAGCCCGUUGCCGCCAUUGUACAGCUGA